AUGACACUGGAUAACAACUCUAAGAAGGAUAAAUGUGAUGCAGAAACUACAAAACUAUUUUUAAAUAUAUGUGUGGAAGAAAUUUUAGCAGGAAAUCAUCCUGGAACUAGAUUAGGAUGGUCUAAUCUGGUGCAAAAGUUUAAUGACAAAACCGGAAGAAACUAUGAUAAAGUUAAGUUGAAGAACAAAUGGAACAACCUCAAAGGUACAUGGAAAGAAUGGGAUACUUUAGUUGGAAAAGAGACUGGUUUAGGAUGGGAUCCAGGUAAAAAAAGCGAGUGCAGAUUGGAGAAUCCAAAUGUAGAGAAAUUUAGAGAGAAAGGUUUACAACAUCGACAACUGAUGGAGUAUUAUUUUAAGGAUGUUGUUGCAACCGGUGAACAUACGUGA